AUGUAAUAUAAAAAUGAAUUAACUAUAUCAUUAGGACAACUCGAAGAAGAUUUGAACUGUGAUGAAACAUCGCCUUCUCGAUAAUUUAAUUCAUUUAAGAUGAUUAAUCAAUUACCAAUAAAAACAAAGGAUUCUGUAGAAUAGAAAUUUAGAUAAAUAAAAAGAAGAUAAAAUCAUCACAAAUCUGAUAUACAUAGACCAACUUAACUUAAUUGUAUUGAUUAGAAAAAUAAUGAAAUUGAGAAAAGAGGUGCAACUUAUGAAAGGUUGCCUAGUGAUUUAUAAAUUGAUUCAUAAAUCAGAUAACCUAAAAAAAAGAAUAUAAAAGUUUCAAUUUAAAGUUUAAGUAGAAAUAAUGUAUUAGAAUCAAAUUCAUCAUCUUAUAGUUCAAAAUAAAAUUGUGUAAAAGGGAUAUUGAAGAAAUAAACUUUAGAUUCAUCUUUUUCUGAUAAUAAUUCCAGAAAUAGUAGUAUUAGUAGUAAGAAAAAUGUAAAGUUUAAUUUAUCGAAACCAGAUGUACGAAGAGCAUUAAAUUAAUGGAAAUGA